CUAACAAGGACAAUGGGUUUUAAUGUAAAUAAUCAAAUCACGCCUUUAAGUUCUUCACUCCGCCAAACCCUAGUUUUCUUCCGUCAUCUAGGGAGGCCGAGCUCGGAGGCGCGUCAUAAACCCUAGAGGAGGAUCCUCCGUCAACUGCAAAUAUGGGUAUCUCUCGUGAUUCCAUGCACAAGAGACGUGCCACUGGUGGCAAGAAGAAGGCAUGGAGAAAGAAGCGAAAGUAUGAGCUCGGAAGGCAGCCUGCCAACACCAAGAUUUCCAGCAACAAAACCGUUCGUAGGGUGAGGGUUCGAGGUGGCAAUGUGAAGUGGCGUGCCUUAAGGUUAGACACAGGUAACUACUCAUGGGGUAGUGAGGCUGUGACACGAAAGACCCGUAUCUUAGAUGUCGUCUACAAUGCAUCCAACAACGAAUUGGUCAGAACCCAAACAUUAGUGAAGAGUGCAAUCGUUCAGGUUGAUGCUGCACCUUUCAAACAAUGGUAUCUUCAACACUAUGGAGUCGACAUUGGUCGCAAGAAGAAAACCCCUGCAUCUGGUAACAAGAAAGAGGGAGAGGAAGCUGAAGGUGCUACUGAGGAAACCAAAAAGAGCAACCAUGUCGUGAGGAAAAUUGAAAAGCGUCAAGAGGAACGCAAACUUGAACAACAUGUUGAAGAACAGUUCUCAAGUGGUCGUCUUUUAGCAGCAAUUUCAUCACGCCCUGGCCAGUGUGGUCGUGCUGAUGGGUACAUAUUGGAGGGAAAAGAACUUGAGUUCUACAUGAAGAAGCUUCAGAAAAAGAAAGGAAAGAGUGGUGCUACUGCUUAAACAAUGUCAGUUUAUGAUCAAGUUUUCUUUAGGUUAUCAUGUCUUCUUUUAUAUAUCAUUUAAUAGAUUUGGACUCAAAUUUUGUUUGACUUAAUGAAUGACUUAAUGGAUCAUGUAAGUUCUACUACUGUUAAUUCAUUGACAUGGUUCCAUCUGUA